AUUUGGAGGCAGGCUUGUGGAAACGAGUAGGUGACGUCAGUUCGCCUGUUGGCAGAGAGCGAAACAAACAUGGCGAUGGAUUCAAGUGGCUGGGGGUUUACGUUAACUUUAUUCGUGUUUUCAUGCGUUUUUGCGACGAGGCUGGUUGAAGCUUCGGUUUCAGACUCGAGGGAAACCACGCGGAUACUCGGCAUGAGGCUAGAGAAGAGCGACAAGCCAGCCGAGACCACGGAAGGGGGAGAUAUUCAGGUGACCGAGGGGAGCGACAUCUCCUUAAGGGUCUACGGGCUCCACUUGUUCCCCAACAGCUCGGGUAUCAUCAGGUUCGGUAAACUGUUCGUCAGUGAUAAAGAAGAUGCUGAUUUCCCAGAUAAAUGGUUAAACAGGACUUGUCCCAAAGAUCAGAAUGAUAUUGAUGUUAGGGGACCCAUGAAGGUAAACGACGAAAACACCUCAGGGACAGUCUCCCUCAGCAUCAAGCAGCUCCGUAAGACUGAGGUGGUGAAAGUGUUCGGCUUGUGCGUCCUGGACGCCCGGGAUCAGAAGUGGUACCUGAUGGACGAAGAAGACGGCAGGCUGCGCGUGGUGGAGGCGAAGAAGUCCCUGCUGCCCAUCUGGCUGCAGAUUAUCCUCAUCUGCUUCCUGCUGGUGCUGUCCGGCAUGUUCAGCGGGCUCAACCUGGGACUGAUGGCGCUGGAUCCGAUGGAACUGCGCAUCGUGCAGAACUGCGGCACAGAGAAGGAGAAGAAGUACGCGCGGAAGAUCGAGCCCAUUCGUAGGAAGGGCAACUACCUGUUGUGCUCACUGCUGCUCGGUAAUGUCCUGGUCAACACUACGCUCACCAUCCUCCUGGACGACCUCACCAAGUCCGGGGUCGGAGCAGUCGUCGCCUCCACUGUCGGCAUCGUAAUAUUUGGCGAGAUUGUCCCCCAGGCUCUGUGCUCCCGACACGGAUUAGCAGUCGGGGCGAACACCAUCGUCCUCACCAAGCUGUUCAUGCUGUUGACUUUCCCUCUGUCCUGGCCCAUUAGCAAACUCCUCGACUGCGUGCUGGGCCAGGAGAUCGGCACAGUGUACAACAGAGAGAAGCUAGUGGAGAUGUUGAAAGUCACCGAGCCCUACAAUGACCUGGUGAAAGAGGAGCUCAACAUGAUCCAAGGAGCGCUGGAGCUCCGGACUAAAACAGUGGAGGAUGUCAUGACGCCAAUCAACAAUUGCUUCAUGAUCCACAGCGACGCCGUGUUGGACUUCAACACCAUGUCCGAGAUCAUGGAGAGCGGCUACACCAGGAUACCCGUGUACGAAGACGAGCGCUCCAACAUCGUGGACAUCCUCUUCGUCAAGGAUCUGGCCUUUGUGGACCCAGACGACUGCACCACCUUGAAGACCAUCACCAAAUUCUACAACCAUCCGGUCCAUUUCGUCUUCCACGACACCAAGCUGGACGCCAUGCUGGAGGAGUUCAAAAAAGGAAAAUCCCACCUGGCCAUUGUCCAGAAGGUGAACAACGAGGGGGAAGGAGAUCCUUUCUACGAAGUGUUGGGGUUGGUCACCCUGGAGGACGUCAUAGAGGAGAUUAUCAAAUCAGAAAUUCUGGAUGAAUCCGACCUUUACACUGAUAAUCGCACGAGGAAAAAGGUGGCACCCAACAAAAACAAGAGAGACUUCUCUGCCUUUAAACAUGAGAGUGAAUCUAAGGUGAAGAUCUCUCCUCAGCUGCUGCUGGCUGCCCAUCGUUUCCUGGCUACAGAGGUGAGCUUGUUCAGCCCGUCUCAGAUUUCAGACAAGGUGCUGCUGCGAAUCCUGCGUCACCCCGAUGUGAUCCAGGAGAUCAAGUUCAAUGAGAACGAUAAACGGUCAACCCAUCACUACAUCUACCAAAGGGGCAAGCCGGCCGACUACUUCAUUCUCAUCCUGCAGGGUCGAGUGGAGGUGGAGGCUGGAAAUGAGAACAUGAAGUUUGAGACCGGACCUUUCUCAUACUAUGGUAUCAUGGCGCUCAGUGCUCCCACACUGGAGUUUCGUUCACCAUCCCAUAUCAGCGGCUUGAACCGAACAGCCUCAAUGAGCGGAGCCGACCGGAUGGAGUCUCUCUCGGUCAGCGGCAGCAACAGUCAGCUCAACAACAGCAUCCCCAUGCAGCAGUACAUACCAGACUUCUACGUCCGAGCCCUCACUGACCUGCAGUUUGCCAAGAUCACACGAGCUCAGUACCAGAACGGCCUGAUGGCAUCUCGCCUGGACAGCACGCCGCAGUCCCCCGAGAGCAGCCACAACACUAUUCAUAUGGAUCAGACGCCUCCCGCCACCAUCGGUAACACCACCAUUACGGACCUGGGAGCAGACUCCACCCCUACGGAGAACGGCCCAGACGAGACGACGCUUCUCCUCCUCAAUGAGCAGAACUCGCCACACACAGGCAACCACCACAGCCAGGUGGAGAACAGAAUCUGACAGCCUCCACUGGUACCAGCCCUCCAUACUCCUGCAUUGGCCCACGUGCACUACUAUGCCCGGUUGUAUGCCGAGGAGGGGAGGAUUGUGUGUGAGUGUUUGUGUUUGUGUGAGUGGGAACGCAGGCACAUGCCUUGGUGUAGCUGAUGAGGCCCAAAGAGACAAGCCACGUGCAUACUGUGUAAAUAUGCAAAGAUUAAACACACACACACACAAUCACACACACACAAUCACACACACACACACAAUCACACACAGAGCAAACACACACCGAUGAGCCAAAACAUUUUGACGGCGCUUAAAGGAGGAACAGGAUAUUCAAGGCCAUAAUGUUUGGGCUCAUCGGUGUACACACACAUACCAAAGUCUCCACACCUCUACCGAUCUAUGGAAGUUUAGUGACAGAAACUAGUAUCGCGUCAGUGUUUGCACAUGCCUCUUGAUCUGAAGGACCUGUUUGUCUGGACCAGAAAGCUCCUCCAUUUCUCGUUCAGAGGUGUUACCGAUUAUUUAAGUGUGUGUGUGAGAAAGAGUGUGCGUUGCUUCUAAAUCACUGUCCCUAAUCAGAGACUCAGGGAGACUCCGCCCUCCUCCUCAUUUCCGGAUGUACGUAAAAGCAAGUGUGGUCGAAAGCCCCAAACCAGCCCAUCGCCGCAUGUGUAGCAACCUGCAUCCCCCUCCUCCAUACAGCUUGAGGACAAAGACGACCCGAGCAUGUCUGCGGAGUUCACACAGAGUAAUACGUGUACCAUAGAAAUUUAUAGUGAGAUAUUUAUUGGGGGGAUUUUGUGGUUAAAUGAGGAUGGGGAAUGGGGUGGAUUUCUAUCUAUAGUGAUAUAUUUUCUCUUCCUUGUUUCCUGCAUAGAAACAGUUGGUAGCCCAGAGCCUUUAUCCCAGAGUUGUUAAGAGAUUUGCCGCUGAUAGACCACCAGUCUGUAUUGUGAACAAGACAAUCAACAUGAAUAUUUUGAAUGUGUUAAAUUAAAUAUGUGGGGUACGUUAAGUGUGGCUGCCCUGCUCUCUAAAUGGCAUAUCUGUGUCACCUUUAAUUCUGUUUCUCUGAAGACAGACGUGGGAGUUUUUAGAUGGAUUGCAGAGACGAAGGUGUUCGAGAGCAAAGAGUCCUUUCCUACUUUCUUUUGUUUUGUUUCUAAAGACGAUGGGUAGUCUGUGUCUGUGCGUGAGUUUGCGUGUACGAGACCAAAACUGGCCAUCAACUGACUUGUUAGGAGCAUAAACCAAAAGUGAGAAGCUUGAUCACCUCCUGACUGGAAAAUACUUUAAAAAAUCUGAGAUUUUAUUUAUUGAGUUUAAUGUCUGUGUAUGUGUGGAUAUAUUCUUGUUGAUUUGAAGGGGAGAAAAUGCAAUUUUAUUUUACCGUUUUGGGAGAUUUUACAUGUUAAAAUGUUUCUUUCCAUUCAGUGGUUAUGUUUUCCUUUUUUUCUUUUUUUUUUUUUUUUUUUUUUUAAAUGUAGGAAAAGGGGGUCACUCUAACAUAGUUGUUGUAUUUGUGUCUCCAAAUGCAACAUCAGCCAAAUUCUGUCAGUUUUUUUUUUGGGGGGGGGCAUACACUCCAGUUAUAUUUUACUGUACGCUCAGACAAUGUCUUAAAGAAGAAUCUGAAAAUCCGUUUUCUGGUGGAUUUUUCUUUCCCUGAACUCUAACAGGAGCACAGCCGUGUUUCAUGGGUAUUUCUUUAUUUUGUGAUACUCUGCUGCUUUUAAGACGCCCGUUGUAGAAUUUUAUUUACACACUAACAACUACAUGUAACAGAUGUUCACUUUUUGGUACUUUUUAUUAAACUACACUUAAAAGAUGGGCAUAGCCUUUAGGUUUGAAACAUGAACCCAAUGUGGAAGUGCCUUAAUCCUGGAUCCUUUCUAAUGGCCAGCAGGGGGUGACUUCUCUGGUUGCAAAGAAAAUGUAAUUAUAUAAAAGUUUAUGAGGAAAUGAAUCUACUUUAAAACCACAGCAAAAACAUUCUUUUUGAGUUUGCGGUCUGAAUUGCAAGUUUCACUUUUUUUAUUUAGUAUAAUUUGAUGUUUGUUUAGUAAAACAAGGUCCCAAUAAGAGUAAAAUUGUGAAUGCAUUAGCUCAUGGCUAUCUUUUGAUAAACAAGUUGCCAGUACUUGAGCUCGCAGUUCCCCCAGUUGUCAAAGGUAAAAAUAAAUGCACAAUUUCAUGGAAGAUGAAGAUGAUGCUACACCCAUCUUUUGAUGUAAAGUUUAUAGUAGCACCGGCCUGACUUGUUCUGUCAUCUUUGAGUAGCAAAAGGUUUUUGUUACAAGCAAUAAGUUUCCAGCUUCACUCUAAUAGAUGUGACCAAGUCUUCUGGGAUAUGCUGGACACCAGGAGAAUGAUACAAAGCAAGCUAAAGGAAAGAUAAUCACAAGCUAGUGUUAAAAAAAAAAAAAAAUAGUGAUUUUUCUUUUAAUGUUGCGGUUUUUGAGAUCGGGACCAUUAACAUAACACCCAGCAGCAAAGAUGAUUUUGAAAUUUGAAUAAAUUAGUAUUACUACAUCUGGUCAGCUUUCAAUUAUUCACAGCAAAUCUGUUUUCUGGAUGAGGAAAUCUGAAACCAAAAGCAUUUCCAUUAUUGUGGAAUUUCCUGUCUUGUUGAAGUGAGAUGUCAAUGAAAGUGAGUUUCAGCUGUGGUGGGAAAGGCCAGAGAGGUCAGUAAAUUUCCAAAACUUCAGCAACAUAAUUAGACAUGAUUAGAAUUUUAGUGUUUUUAAAAAAAUAAACAUUUUUGAGGUAGUUGCAUGUAGUUGAUUUAAUGUUAUGUUUCACAAAUUAUUAUUAUUAUUAUUGUUUUAUUUUUUUCACCAAAUACAAAAGUGAUCAUCGAACACUUCAAUGUUAGAUGAUGCAUUUUAUGUUCAGUUGGCAAACCUGCAACUGUUUGCACCAAACUAGGUGCUUUGUGAGUGUGACUCGUAUAUUUGAAUCAUUUAUUUGGCAGGUUUAAUUGCAUGUUACUGCCUACCAAAGACUAAAGUACAGCACUGAUGCUGCUUAUAAAGAGGCUGUGGCUGGUGGCUGGCAUUUUCUGUGCAAAUAUUGUAGCUGAACAAUUUUGGGGAAAUACAUUUCAUUGAUUCAUUCAUUUCAUUCAUUUGUAUUUGAGCACAUGGAAAUAUAUUUUGAAAGAAAAAAGUGCUGCUUGAAUUAGAUUUUUUUUUUUCUUUUUUCCACACUUAAAAUGCCACUAAAUAGCGCUAAUGUCAUUAAAUGGCAACCGAAGUCAUCUAUUUAAUUAUUCACCAGUCAACUAUCCAGUUUAGUUGACACCAAUUUAAAUCAAAUAUUGAAAGAAAACCAGCAGCCCCUCCAAACCUUUAAUGACAAGCCCCAGUGAGUAAACACUAGUUCUACUUUUGAAUUUGCAUUAGCUUCAUGUGCUCAUGUUUUACUCCAUUUCCAAGAAAUGUUUCUAUUUCUUGUCUUAAAAGCAAGAAGUAAGAAUUUUGCAAGUGACAAACAAGCAGCACACAACAUACAGUUCUGUCACAAUGCUGCUGGUAGCCCGGAUUUCAUAAUCAUUUCAUCACUGACUUCAUCGAGUGACUGCAAUAAUUUCACUCCCCUGUCUGCACAGAAGCUAAAGGACUUUCUCACUGCUGUGUUGCCUUCACUACUUUUUAAUGACUGUACUUUUUUGUAUGUGUUCAUUCCUGUUUUCUUUUCACACGCAGACACACACUCCUGUUUCAAAGGACUGUAUUUUUUUCCGUGUUCGUGUUGGAGUGCCCCGCCCCCCCAUCCCAAACCCCCCGCUUUAAAUUGUUCUGGGUUUGGGUUUAUUAUGGUGCACGUGAAUGUGUUUGUCAGUGCCUAUAUAAUGUUUUGCUUUUUUUUUGGUUUGUUUGGUUCUUUUUUUUUUUUUGUACCUCAGAACACUGUUAGUGAUUGUGGUAAUAACUUUUUUUUUCUCUCGAGUUAAAUUUGGGAACCGAGCGAAUGGAGCGACUGGCAUUUGGGAAAAAUACUGAUUUUCCUUCAUUCUCUCUGGCAUGCUUUAACUUAAAAAUAUAAAUAGACACAAGGUGUAAAUACUGUUUUAUAAUUUCUGUCUUAAUGAGUUUUGAAAAUGAAGAACGUUAUUAAUAAACCUGAGAUAUAUUUCUCUACAGAC